AUGGCCGCCAACGCCAUCGCUAGGACGGAGGCUCUACUGCAGGAGGUAGCAGCAGCACCCCCAUCUCUGCGCACCGUAUGCCUGCUGGACGAGAUGAGCGACACUCUGUGUCGAGUCCUGGAUGCAGCAGAGCUCUGCCGGAACGUGCACCCUAACAGGGAGUUUGUAGACGCAGCCAAUGAGGCGUUUGUGAAGCUGUCAGCAUAUGUUCAGGCCCUCAACUCCAACCAGCAGCUCUACCGUCUGCUAGUCGCUGCCAUCCAAGCCAUGCCGCCCGCACCCGCCGCCUCUGCCUCCUCCCCGCCGCCCGGUCGCAACUCUCGCCCGCAGGGGGCUGGGAGGGCAGCAGCAGGAGCGGGAGGGGAGAGGGAGGAGGUGCUAAGGGAGGCUCAUAGAGUCGCUCAGCUGCUGCGGCUGGACUUUGAACGAGCAGGCGUGCAUCUCCCUGAUGACCGCAGGGAGGAGGUGCAGCGACUGACAGGGGAGAUUACCCACACUUCAAUAGAGUUCAACGCCAACAUCCACUCUGACUCGGCCUCCAUAGAGGUCUUUCCGCGCAGUGCCCUGCACGCGCUGCCUCCCAACGUGCAUGCGAUGCUACAGCCCAUCCAGCGAAGCAAGGGUAGAACAAGCAGCAGUGGCAGUGGCAGUGGCAGUGGCAGCAGCAGCAGUGACAGCAGUCACAACAGCAGCAGCACCAGCAACGGUGGUCCCUGUACAGGCAGCAGUAGCUCUAGGGUCAGCAGUAGCAUUGAUUCUCCCCACAGUAGUGCCGGGGAGGGAACAGAAGGCAUGGAGAAUGUAGGAACCGGGAGCAAUGGCACCAGCAGCAGCAGCAGCAGCAGCAGCAGCAGCAGCAGAAGAAACGGCAGCAGCAGCAGCGGUGGCAGUUCCGGUGGUAGUGGGGCGGCCAAGGAGCAAGGAUACAAGGUGUUCUCAGACCCGUUGGUCACAUCAUCCGUGCUCAAAUGGGUGGACGACGAAGAGGUGCGUCGGCGGGUGUACGUACUAGCCAACGCCUCCCCAGGGUCCAACCUGCACCAGCUGGACCGCCUCAUCGACCUGCGCUCGCAGCUCGCCAAGGAGCUGAGCUUCCCCUCAUACGCGCAUCUCAUCAAUGCGCCUCUCAUGGCCCGAACACCCGACACUGUUGACUCCUUUCUGCACAACCUGGGAGCACAGCUCACACCCAAGGUCUUCCAGGUGGGUUCACGAGCAAGCAGAGGGGUGCCGCAGACAUGGAAAGGAAUGGUGAGCCGUCCAGUUACAAGUGCUGCGUCAAUGUUGUGUGACACACGGUCCAACUCCUUCCUGCACAACCUGGGCGCGCAGCUCACUGGAUUGAAGAAGGGAUUUGAGACGUCUCAAAACCUGGGCGCGCAGCUCACUGGAUUGAAGAAGGGAUUUGAGACGUCUCAAAACCUGGGAGCGCAGCUCACUGGAUUGAAGAAGGGAUUUGAGACGUCUCAAAACCUGGGAGCGCAGCUCACUCCCUCCCAAGGUCUUCCAGCUCACUACCGGAAAGGA